AGCUCAGUGAAAAAUGAUGUUCGUACUGGUGCUAGCAGUGCUUUCUGUCAUCGCUGCCAACGGGUCCUCGCUGGCAGCGUCCGUCAGGACGGAUUGGACCACACCCACCACCAUCACCACCACCGCCGUUGGACAGAGCUCGGAAACACCAGGCUCAGAUCAGGCUUUCGCGGUUUUCUUACCGCCGUUAGAAAUAGAAUUGCGUGCUAUUUUCCCACCUCCAAUGCAGUCAAUGCAGUCACUUAUACGAUGUACUAACGGACGGGUGCUCCGGGAAGGUAAAUGCCGUAAACUUUUUCCCAAAAACUAGAUGGAGCUCGAAGGUGAUAUAAUCAAGUGGAUAGCGUAGAUUUUUGAGUGAAAUAGGAUGUACAUAAAUCAUAAUUAAAGCUUGUAAAAAAAAGUAAUCAAACAUAUUCUGAUGCACUGAAAGUUGAAGAAUUUUUGUUUUUACCAGUUCACCUUCAACUUACGGAUAUACCAAAAUUUGUUUUGAAGCCAGCCAUUUGUGUCACAUUGUUAAACUGGUUAUCAACUUCCUUCAUUGCAUCAUUCGUAAUCGAUCCGGAAAAACCCGAAUUACGACAGUUUUGUCGUCUUUUUGUCUACAUUCGCUGCGAAAUUCAUCGACUGACAACACAAGAAUCACUAAGUUCCACUUAAUUCCCAUUAAAUACGCCGAAAUGUGAAGGUCAAUCGCGAAGCGAUAAGAAUUGGCUCAUCUCAACACAGUACAGAACGUGCAACGCAUUCCGUUCUCAGUUCUCGGCACAAACUCAGCUCGAAAAUGUUCAAAAUCAUCGCUCUCCUCAUAGCAGUUUUUUUGAUUGACUGCCAAUCGUCUCCCGUGCAAUCGGACUACCGGAAAUACCUUCGAACCAAGAGCCCACAGGCUCCCGGUGAACUGCACGUCGAAGAAGUGCUGGAAGUGUUCAAAACGCGCUCCCGUCCGUCGGCCUACGGAGUGUACCACCCACAGAUCAAUGCCUUCCUGGCGAAUGAUCGUUUCAUGCGCCGAAAGGGGAGCACGGUCAGCCCGACGACGAGCCCUAGGCCACAGCUCACCACGGUCAGCGUUCCGCAGCUGGACCGAAGCCCUAGGACCACCCAUCCAACUCCUAGCGGAGAUAACGUGAAUCCGGAUUAUACCUUCCCAUUCAAGCCGGCCAUUACGAUAACCAGGUAUCCGAAUUACGCACGGCCUGCGGCCACCACGACGACCAUCAUCAUACAGGAGGCAAGCUACGAGUGGACCACCGAGAAAGCGAAAACGACGACGAUGACGACGCCGGAAAAUGGAAUCGAGGAUGAGCCCAAUCUCGAAGAAGAGGAUGAUUAUCAGUACUCCGACGAGGAUUACGAUUUUUGAAAGAAUGAAUUGCCAACUGAAUCUGAACGAUAACACUGUCGACUAUGUCCAUGGAACCUAUGCAACUGCACAGUUGGAUUGUGCCGUACACUCGAGCAGCGAAGUUUCCGGGUUGUUGUACAGAAAAGCCUACUUUGACAACUAGAGUUAGAAUGAAAUGUUUACAAUUGUGUAUGAUUAUGAAACAGUUCGAAGCACCGUAUCGUGCCAUGGCCUACUACUAAGCUGAUUGACCAAACAGAAAACAUUAUUUUUAUUCUAGUGAUAAGCAUCUAGAAGUUAGAGUAUGUAUAUUGUACUAGGGAUAAAGUAAAUCUAAUUUUACAACCGUACACAAACUUAACGAAUAGAAUAAUCUCCUGCGCCAUAAUGAGACAAACUACAAGCUACAAAGAAGAACGAAAACGUUUACCCGAAUGUCCUUUAAGAAUCAACCGUCGUCGUCGGUUGAUGACAACAAGCAGUCAACAUAAUCCCAGCACUAUCUGCUGGAGCUGGUGAAACUGCGCCAUCUCGUUCUCGUUCCUAUCAAAUCCCCAGUCACUGGCACUGGAGUUGGCGCCAUCCAGCAGCCAUUGGCCAUUCAGUGACGGCGUCGACGACCAAAUAAAAUCCCAUAAAACAUAAUUAAGUAAAAAUCCUCGGCACAUUCUUAGGACACACGGACACACACACAAACACUCCCUAGCGGCGUUAAACGGCUUACCGAGGCGGCGAUAUUUUCUCGUCGUCCAGUGCGCGGUGCGGUGGUUUGCAAGCAAACCAAAAAGAAGUUCACCUGUCAUCGCCAUCGCCGGACAUUUAUUCCGAUUUGCUGCGAUGGUUCUCCCCGGUACCUACCGGGUUUAGACGGGGCUCUAGUAAGUUGUAAAU